AUGCACCUUGUACCCAAGGAGCUCGACAAACUCGUCAUCUCACAGCUUGGUCUGCUUGCGCAGCGGCGGUUGGCGCGUGGAGUCAAGCUCAACCAUGCCGAGGCCACGGCGUUGAUUGCCAACAACAUUCACGAGCUCAUCCGCGAUGGCAAUCACACCGUCGCCGACCUCAUGGCGCUCGGCGCAACCAUGCUCGGCCGACGGCACGUUUUGCCCUGCGUGUGCCACACCCUGCGGGAGAUUCAGGUCGAGGGCACCUUUCCGACGGGCACGUACCUGGUGACGGUGCACAACCCCAUCAGCACCGACGACGGAAACCUGGCGCGGGCGCUGUACGGCAGCUUCAUCCCCGUGCCGCGCGAUGCCGACCGGCUGUUCCCCGCGACGCUGGAUCCGCUCGAGUACGCGCCGGCGCGACAGCCCGGCGCUGUCGUGGUGGCCCGAAAAGGCGACCGCAUCACGCUCAACGCCGGGCGGCACCGCAUCGUGCUGCGCGUCGUCAGCACGGGCGACCGCCCGAUCCAGGUCGGCUCGCACUACCACUUCAUCGAGACGAACCCGCAGCUCGUGUUUGACCGCGCGCGCGCCUACGGCUACCGCCUCGACAUUCCCGCCGGCACCUCGUACCGCUUCGAGCCCGGCGACGCCAAGACGGUCACGCUCGUCGAGAUUGCCGGCCACCAGGUCAUACGCGGCGGCAACGGGCUCGGCACCGGCGGCGUCGAGCGCUGGCGCGUCGACGCCAUUGUGGAGAGGCUGAUGGAGGCGGGCUACGCGCACGCCCCGGAGCCUGACAGGGGCGGCGCCGCUGGUGCUGGUGCUGGUGCUGCUGGUGCUGCUGCUGGUGGCCGGCGCCGCGCCCAGCCCCGUGUGCCCCGCCCGUACAAGAUGGACCGCACGGCGUACACCGUCAUGUUUGGCCCGACCACGGGCGACCGCGUGCGGCUGAGCAACACGGAUCUCUGGAUCCGGGUCGAAAAGGACUACACGACGUACGGCGAGGAGUGCAAGUUUGGCGGCGGCAAGACGCUCCGCGAGGGCAUGGGCCAGGCCACGGGGCGGCCCGACGCCGAGUCGCUGGAUCUCGUCAUUACGAAUGCGCUGAUUGUCGACUACACGGGGAUAGUCAAGGCGGAUAUCGGCGUCAAACACGGCAUGAUUGUCGGGAUAGGCAAGGCGGGCAACCCGGACGUCAUGGACGGCGUGACGCCCAACAUGGUCGUGGGUAGCUGCACGGAUGUGAUUGCGGGCGAGAACAAAAUCAUCACGGCCGGCGCGAUUGAUACGCAUAUUCACCUGAUUUGUCCGCAGCAGGCGCAAGAGGCACUGGCGUCUGGCGUGACGACGUUUCUUGGUGGCGGAACCGGUCCAAGCGCUGGCUCCAACGCCACCACGUGCACGCCCGGCAAGCACUACAUGAAGCAGAUGCUACAAGCCUGCGACCACUUGCCCGUCAACAUCGGCAUCACCGCCAAGGGCAGCGACUCGGCGCCCGGCGCUCUACGCGAGCAAAUCGCCGCCGGCGCGUGCGGGCUCAAGAUCCACGAGGACUGGGGCGCGACGCCCGCGGCCAUUGACUCGUGCCUGACCGUGUGCGACGAGAUGGACGUGCAGUGCCUGAUCCACACAGACACGCUCAACGAGUCCGGGUUCGUCGAGUCGACGCUCGCCAGCUUCAAGGGGCGCACCAUCCACACAUACCACACCGAGGGCGCCGGCGGCGGGCACGCGCCCGACAUCAUCUCCGUCGUCGAGCACCCGCACGUGCUCCCGUCGUCGACCAACCCGACGCGGCCCUUUACGCGCAACACGCUCGACGAGCACCUCGACAUGCUCAUGGUCUGCCACCACCUGAGCAAGGACAUUCCCGAGGACGUGGCCUUUGCCGAGAGCCGCAUCCGCGCCGAGACGAUUGCGGCCGAGGACGUCCUGCACGACAUGGGCGCCAUCAGCAUGAUGAGCUCCGACUCGCAGGCCAUGGGCCGCUGCGGCGAGGUCGUGCUGCGCACGUGGAACACGGCGCACAAGAACAAGACGCAGAGGGGCGCGCUGCCCGAGGACGACGGCAGCGGCGACGACAACUUUCGCGUCAAGCGCUACGUGAGCAAGUACACCAUCAACCCGGCCCUCGCCCAGGGCUUCAGCCACCUGGUCGGGAGCGUCGAGGUCGGCAAGCUGGCGGAUCUGGUCGUCUGGGACCCGGCGUGGUUUGGCACCAAGCCGUACCAGGUGAUAAAAAGCGGCCUCGUUGCCUGGUCACAAAUGGGCGACCCCAACGCCUCCAUACCCACCGUCCAGCCCAUCAUCGGCCGCCCCAUGUUUGCCUCGUUUGUGCCCUCGACGAGCGUGCUCUUCGUGUCGCAGGAAUCCGUCGCUUCGGGCGCCGUCGCCUCGUACGGCCUGCGCAAGCGCGUCGAACCCGUCCGCGGGUGCCGCUCCGUGCGCAAGACGGACAUGCGCUUCAACGACGCCAUGCCGCAGAUGCGCGUCGACCCCGAGAGCUACCGGGUCGAGGCCGACGGCGUGGCGUGUGAGGCGGAGCCGGCUGAGACGCUACCGCUGACACAGCCGUUUUACGUGUAUUGA